UCUCCUGAAGAGUCAGACGGCACGAUGGGUCGCUCGCCUGCCCCGCUUCCUCAAGUAACUGGCAUCGUUCCAAAAAAGACUAACGGACCGUCGAGCCACUGCCAGUCACAGAAAACAAAGAUCCUCGAUACCAGGAUGGCGCUCAACUUCUCAUCAACUUUGAAGAUCGCCUCAGGACUGCCAUUGAUCGUCGUCAGCCACUCUCAUCGAGCUCUCUUUCAAUGUCUCUCGAAGAACGACUCCCUUGUAGCAUGUGGAAGCUCGCACAUGUCUGGACUGUGCAUGUCCCUGCCAUCUCAGAAGCCAUACUCGUCGCCAAAAUCUUCGACCCAGCAUAUUUCAGUGACGAACACAUUGCAUAUGCCGACCCUUUCGUCCUCCUCAACAUAUCCGUAUCGCAGGAAGUCGAAGCUUACCGUUGUCUCCAAGACACCAACGUACCGCACUUCCAUGGCCAUUUCCUGAUGCACAUACCCUCGCAAGGGAACCGGACUGUGCACGUCCUCCUGAUGGAACACAUCGACGGCAAAGAUCUCCGCGUCCUCGUCCCCAAAGCCAAAGCCAAAGACGUCUGCGCUGCCCACAAACUAGCCAUCAUCAACAUGGCCCUCAACUUGAACCUGGACGCUUUCGUACGCGGGGUGUAUCCCCAGGACUUUCAGCCUAGGAACGUCAUCUUGCGGAGACCACAACACUGCAUGGAGUUUUACGACAAGGAUGACUGUCCGGUGCGCUCAGAGGUGGAUGUGGACGAUGUUCGCGGAGUGUUGGUCGAUCUGGAAAAAGUUGGGCUGGGAGAUCCGAUGAAGAAACUCAAGAAUCUGAGUUAUAGGACAAAGGUCAUCAAUAAGCAGCGGCGGAGGUACCUCAAACGAUGGUUGGAGAAUGAGAUCCGGCACUGGGGGCAAUAAUCUGUUUCUUUUGUUAUCAUCCGUGUUGACACAAAACCAGCGCACGCCCAAGUCCAGCUUGCACUUCAGUUGACCAGUCUCUUGCGAACGAUGCAAGGCGCCGAGGGGUCGUUGAUCAUCGCCUGCAUCUCCUGUCGACUUCCUUCUGAAUGCCUCCCGAGGACUGGGCAUCGCUCAAGUGAUACCUCUCACAAAAUGGUGUA